AUGGUGGACAAGCAGCCUAGCCUUCGCCAGAGGAUCCUUCGCGGACGCCGCACGUCGAGCGACUCAGACUCCGCCUCGGACAGCUCACACUCCAAGAAAGAUCUCGCCAGCAGCGCCAACAGUCUGUCUCCGGCGCAGCCUGUGGCACGCCCUCCUUCUCGCUCUCCAAGCGCCCGUGUGCCCAAGAAGCUGCAAAAGAAGCGUUCGAGUACCGACAGCCUCGCCGCCUCACCCUCGCUUAUGCCGUUCCAAGAGCAGCACGACAAGCCAUCUGGAAGUGAGGCCACCGAGUCAGCUGAUUUGGGCAGAUCUCGCGCCGAUGGCCGUCGCCAAGAGCGCCGCAAGCUGGAAACCAUCGGCCCCAGACUUACUGUCAACACCAGCUCGCUCGCCGAGGACAGCUACGAGGAACACGGCGAUGGCCUUUCUCUGAUGGAAGUGUCACCAUUGUCCAUCAACAAAGAGUCACCCAUGUCCGAACUCAUGGAUGAGGGCAACAGCGAGCCUCGCAAGUCGGGUGGUCUAGCUCUUGACGAGAAGACAGAUUUGCUCAUCUUUGAUCAUUUACCUUCCUUCACCAUCCGUCUGCCAGACUCUACAGUGGAUGUAUCUCUCACGGUGAACUUAGCAAUCAACACGCCCGACUACAACGACCCCAACCCCCGUGUUGGUCGUCUCACUGCCCUUGCCCGUGCCCGCGUCAAGGCGCUUCAAAAGCUCCGCGCACAGUCUCCGGUCUCGCCUCCUCGCGACCGAGAGAAUAAGACUAGGGACAGCCCGGUCUCCCCGCUUGAAGACUCUUCAGACGGCUCUUCCACGGACCAGGACGCUCCUCUUCUCCCCCAUGAGCGCAUGGAAACGCCCAGCAAGACCGGAGAGAGCAGCUCAGCCACCAAGUAUCUCGGCCCUGCUUCUGCCGGCAAGCUCAGGAAGAAGCCCUCGACGAAGAGCAAGAUCCCGACGCUCAAGCUCAACACCAAGACCACGGCCUCCACCGACGCCACCAACGAGCGUGACAACAACGCCGAGCACCAGGACAGCAAAGCCGAAGAAGACGCCGCCAACAUCCGCCACGACGCCAUCGCGGCCGAGAACGCGCUGCUCGAGACGCUGCGCCGCCUCACGUCCCGCAAGCAGCCGACGACCGACACCGAGAUCCGCGCCGCCACCGACGAGGUCCUGCGCACCGCCGCCUCCGUCCUCGACCUGGGCCCGCGCUCGCCCGUGCCGCCGUCGUCGUCUCAACCGCGCUCUCCUUCCUCCUCGACCGCCGGCCAGCUGCUCCCCCCCGCGCCCGAGGUCCCGGACGUGCCCACCGCCAACCCCCCGCACUCCCCGACCUGCGGCUGCGGCGGCACCGGCACCGGCGCCGACACCGGCAGUCGCCGCAGCCUGCUGGAGGACGUCAACGAAGAGGACGACGCUACCGACAAGCAUGUGCAGCAGCAGCAGCAGCACAGGGGCCAUGGGCGUCUGCCCGGCAGGAAGCGGCAGCAGGCGGCCGUGGGCAGCGAGCGCGUCCGGCACCCGGUCAACGUGACGUACGACCGCCCGAUCAUGCUGGCGGCGGGCGUCUCGCAGCGCGGCUUCCGCCGCUGGAAGUGCUGCCGCUGCCACCGCUAUACGCACUACGAGAAUCACGUGUGCAGCAAGCUCGACUGCCUGCACGCGCGCUGCGAGACGCGCUGCGAGACGUUUGAGCCGUGA